AUGGACUGGCAACUCCUUGACUACGCUAAGGAGGCUGAAGACACAGGCUCGGGCCUUCUCACCUUCUCAAGCGAGAUUCCGCAAUACCGUAAGGACAUCAAAGGCCAUAUCGCUAAGCUCUUUGCCAUCUCGCACAUUCUUGACAAACUUCACGAAGCACUCAAAUCUCCUCGCUAUAGCAGAUAUCAGGGACGGAUCCUGCCAGACCUUGAGAUCUGCAUCCCAAGUCUGGGCUAUACGCUCGACCACAUUCGAGACGUGUUCAGCAAGAAGAAGUUGAAGCGCCGUACAGCCCCCGGUGCUUUUCCUGGAACCCCACCAUAUGCAGAGCUAUGGGAGGACUCGCUCGCCGACCUGAUGGCCCAGGGCAUAUCCCUGCCAAUCAGGCUGGAAUUGUACAGAACAUAUCUGUAUGGCAUACAGGAGGAUGCGGACGAGUUACAUUCCAUCAAAGUUCGACUAUCCAAGCUACUCAAGAAACAGGAGCCGAUCGAAUCGUACUUCGACAGAUUCCACCCCACAUACCCUGCAGCUGGAUAUGCAUAUGUCCAGCCGCCACCACCGCCUCCCCGACCUCAUGCUGCACCUACGUGGGGUGGCGUUGGCAUAGGCGACAUACCAUUCAUACCACCACCUGUUCCAGAGAUACCUCAGUCACCCACGUAUUCGUCAGCUUCAUCACAUACCUACUCGAACGGAUCCACCGAUUCGGGCGAGCCAGUGGCUCAUUGGGCUAUGAAGAUCUUCGACGGACGACACACAUCUACUCCUUUCCAUACCCUUGGUGAUUCCACUGUUUGUCUUGGACGCGACGAAACCAAAGCUAUCGAGCUUCUCGACAGCGACGGGUUCAUAAAGGUCGUAGAGCUGCCAUUCGAGGAGACAGAUGUCUAUGUCCGCCUAUACUGGCGGCCCGAGGACAACCGGGCUCGCAUACUGUUUCUCACGAAAGACAAUGCAGGUCAUCGGAUGGUCCUCUUCUACUGCACGGCUGUCGCGAUGAAGCGCCAGGACGAGUUUGGCAUCGCCGAAGGGCUUGAGGACUUCUUUGAUCCGGGCGAACAGAUAGACGAGAUCACCGACUCGAGAUAUCUUCACAAGUUCCAGGUCCUUCAAGACGAGGACUCGAAAUGCGUACGCUUCCAGGCCACCGCUCGCCGCGGACCACUCAAGUCGAUCCCCAUCUGGACAGCCUUCGUGACACAGUACAUUGGCCACAGAAACUGGAUGAAGAGGACUGGAGCAACAAUCCAUUUCCGCGAGCUUCAUCCCUAUGUCUUCUGCGAAGGUUACAAAGUGCCCAAGGAUGCGCAUAAGAAGUACCAGCUGACGUUCACUGCAUCAGAGGGUAAGUCGCUACCGCUCGGCAGCAGCGCGCACUUCACUCCCGCACCCUUCUUCUUUUUCCCUGCCUACCUUUUCCCCUCCCUCACACCCGUCAACAUGGCGAACCAGGCUGACGCAGCAAAGACCGACCCGCUCUCGGGCAUGGCGCACUCUGAGGCGCAUUACUUCAACAGGUACCUCCCACGCGAGUGUAGGCAUUCACGAGGAGAUGCUGAAAGACGAGGUCCGCACAAAGAGCUACCGCGACUCAAUCUACCAGAAUGGCCACCUCUUCAAGGACAAGAUCGUCCUGGAUGUCGGAUGCGGAACAUCCAUCCUCAGCAUGUUCGCCGUCAAGGCAGGUGCCAAGCAUGUCAUCGGUGUAGACAUGUCGACCAUCAUCGACAAGGCGCGCGAAAUCGUCGAGGCGAACGGCAUGUCGGACAAGAUCACACUGCUGCAAGGCAAGAUGGAGGAGGUUGUGCUGCCAUUCGACAAGGUCGACAUCAUAAUAUCCGAGUGGAUGGGCUACUUCCUGCUCUACGAGUCCAUGCUGGACACGGUCCUGUAUGCACGCGACAAGUACCUGGUCAAGGACGGCCUCAUCUUCCCCGACAAGGCCACCAUCUUCAUGGCCGGUAUUGAGGACGGCGAGUACAAGGAGGAGAAGAUUGGAUUCUGGGACAACGUCUGGGGCUUCGACUACUCUCCCCUCAAGGCCACCGCCAUGACCGAGCCCCUCGUCGACACAGUCGACAUCAAGGCCGUCGUCACCGACCCCUCCCCCGUCCUCACCCUCGAUCUCUACACGUGCACUGUUGCCGACCUCGCCUUCAACAUGCCCUACAACCUCAAGGUCCGCCGCUCAGAUUUCGUCCAUGCCGUCAUCGCGUGGUUCGACAUUGAGUUUGCCGCCUGCCACAAGCCCAUCAAGUUUUCCACAGGCCCCCACACAAAGUACACCCACUGGAAACAAACCGUCUUCUACCUCAAGGACGUCCUGACCGUCGAGGAGGGUGAGAGCAUAACCGGCGUCCUUGAC